UAUAUAAGUAGCUGCAGCAGAUAGAAACAAGGCGGUGGUGAAUAUAUCAAUUAAGCAAAUCAGUACAAGCUGUAAUCAAUGGCGAUGAUAGGCUUAAUUGAAAUCUUGUUGGCCGUUGCUUGUUUCUUGAUCUUGGGUUUCUUCCUUAAGGAAAACAAUGGCAUGCCUAGAAACUUUCCAGUUCUUGGCACGUUGCCGGAUAUUAUCAUCAAUCUCCCCCGGCUCCAAGAUUGGGCAACUGAGUUUCUUGACAAAAGUGGGUGCACUUUUUUGUUGAAAGGUCCAUGGUUUGCUAACAUGGAUUUGUUGGUGACAGUGGAUCCAGCCAAUAUUCACUACAUUAUGAGCUCAAACUUUUCGAAUUUUCCCAAAGGUUCCGAGUUCAAGAAAAUCUUUGAUGUUUUAGGCGAUGGGAUUUUCAACGCCGACAACGAGUUGUGGAAGAAUCAGAGAAAGACUGCUCAGAGUUUCAUGAGCCAUCGAGGGUUUUACAAGUUUCUGGUCAAGACUAGUCGGGACAAAGUGGAGAAUGGUCUGAUCCCGGUUCUUGAACACGUGGCGGAACAUGGGUUGAUGGUGGAUUUACAAGAUUUAUUUCAGAGAUUCACGUUUGAUUCUACCUGCAAAUUGGUUACUGGGUACGACCCAGGUUGUCUCUCGCUUGAUUUUCCCGAGAUUGAAUUCGCCAAGGCGUUGGAUGACGCAGAAGAAGUGAUUUUUUAUCGACAUAUAAAGCCACAAAUCUUGUGGAAGUUGCAGAAGCUGCUGGGUAUUGGAGAAGAGAAGAAGAUGAUAAAAGCUUAUCAAACUUUUGACCGAGUUAUAUCAUCAUACUUGUCGUUGAAGAAAGAAGAACUGAGUCAAAACCCCGAGUCAGAAGCUAUGGAUUUAUUGACAUGUUACAUGAGACUUGAAGAUAAUCAAAUCAAGAAUGACGAUAAGUUGUUGAGAGACACCUUUUUAAGCUUGCUACUUGCAGGGAGAGACACAACAAGUUCAGCUCUCAGUUGGUUCUUCUGGUUAAUUUCUCAGAACCCUAAAGUUGAAGCCAAGAUCAGAGAAGAACUCAACUCAAACAUAAAACCAUCAACUCAGACUAGUUAUCUUGUUUUUCACAUAAACGAGGUUGACAAACUGGUUUAUCUCCACUCAGCACUCUGUGAAUCACUAAGACUAUAUCCCCCAGUUCCAUUUCAACACAAGGAGCCAUUAAAACCAGAUGUACUUCCCAGUGGCCAUUACGUUGAUCCAAAGAUGAAGAUCUUGUUUUCAUUAUAUGCAAUGGGGAGAAUGAGAUCGAUAUGGGGGGAAGAUUGUUAUGAAUACAAGCCUGAAAGAUGGAUAUCUGAACAAGGGAGAAUUAAACAUGAACCGUCUUAUAAGUUUUUGGCAUUCAAUGCAGGUCCAAGGACGUGUUUGGGGAAGGAAGUAGCUUUUACUCAGUUGAAACUUGUGGCGGCAGCAAUUAUAUAUAAUUAUAAACUGCAAGUAGUUGAAGGACAGUGUAUAGAGCCAGGGAUUUCUAUUUUGCUGCACAUGAAGAAUGGUUUGAAGGUUAAAGUUUCCAGGAGAUAUGGAGAUGAUCAUAAAUCUUGAUUAAUUCUAGGUCAGGGGUUUCGUUUGUGUCUGACUCGCAAUAUAUUAGUGUUUAAUAUUAAACUGCGUGUUCUUUUCACCAAAUAAAAUAAGAACCAUUCGUACA